UGCUUGUUGCUUGUUUUCCGGUUUUGUGCACAAGACACGAAGAAGAAGAAGAAGAAGAGAAAGAAAGCAGGCAUAUCAUGUCCAUUCCACCGUCAUCAUGGCGACCGCGCGAGGUCGAGUUUGUCACAUCCAUGGGCAACUUCACCUGCGAGCUGUACUGGGAUCACGCCCCAAAGACAUGCCGUAACUUUGCAGAACUGGCAAGGAGAGGUUACUACAACAACUGCAUCUUCCAUCGCGUGAUUGCGGAUUUUAUGGCACAAACCGGGGAUCCAACCGGCACAGGCAGGGGCGGCGCUUCCAUCUACGGCGCCAAGUUUGAGGACGAGAUCCACCGCAAGCUCAAACACACGGGCGCCGGCAUCCUGUCCAUGGCAAACAGUGGUCCCAACACAAACGGAAGCCAAUUCUUCGUCACCCUGGCCCCAGCGCAGUGGCUUGACGCGACAAACACCCUUCACAUUCACAGCUACGACAGCACAACAUGGCCCGAAACAAAGACAUUCUCUGUGGUCAUUCUGGAUGCACAAGAAAAGGAAAUUGGCCGUGGUGACCUCCUUGUCACGCCCGAGUACAUGGAGCUCCAACAGCAUGGCGUGGAUGGAAAAGCCAAGUGGGAGUUGCGGUACUUGAGGCGGUUUGGUUACGACAAGAAGUAUUUUUCCUUCGAGGCCGGUAGGCGCUGUACGGACGGGCCUGGUAUCUGGGCCGUCUCAACCCCAAAGGCGAAACUACUGUUUCGCAUCGUGGACCACCACAUCAACCAAACACAGCAGCACAGCACACCGCCACCAGACACGGAUCGCGGUGGCGAAGUUUCAAAGAGCGACUAUGCUGGGGUGAAGAUUGAGUCGAACAGCACGACGCCAACACCAACACCUUCAAAGGACCGCUCUGCCGCACCGAACCGCAACGUCGCAUAUGCACAACUCGACCUCAGCAGCACAGCCAAGUUCAAGAUUCCGCAAUCAAAGGGCAAGAGCCAUCAAACCAAGUAUGCGGACCUCGACUUUGAUCAAAUGGAGGCGCAAGCAGAGGAUGCGCCACAACGAUUCUGA